AUUUGCUGGACUUCCAGGCAAGAAUAACGUGAGAGUGAGCCUCGUUGCCGUGUCAGUAUCGCUCGAGACAACGUCGGGGCAGUGUGUGAAUUCAAGCUCAAGGAAACGUUUACAGAGUGAUGUCCUGCAUCUAUGUUGAGCAUGAGUUGUGUGGGCGUGUAGUGUAGGCGUGGUGGUGGUCCUCCACGGUCGGACGCUCCAGCCUCCCUCACACCUCAUUGCCUCCGUGUUGAUAAGAUAACCAGUGACUAGAGAGGACUAAACGACAAACUAAAUUCCUCAAGAUAACAGUUCACGAUAUCACGUUGAGGUAAACAAAGAAAACUGAUAUAUUCUCUUGUAAGUGUGAUGACGUGUGUAAAGAGUGGUCGUGUGGGUGUGCGGGCGGCGUGGGUGUGCCUGCUGGCCCUUACCCUCACGCCCGUGGCCGCUUGGAUCCCCUUCUUCGGCGAGGAGACCCACAAGCACCUCAACCUGGAGAGUCACCACAGAGAGUGGGACAUCCUUCAGCUGCUGAGCAUCAACGUGUCACAGACGGGGGUGUCGGCAGCACGGGGACCCAUACCAGACACCCCAGCCUGGAGACUCCGAGCUCUAUAUGACAACAUCCAGAUUGACUCCUCCAUCGUUCCUAAGAUAGCGUCAACCCUACAUGACCAGCUGAGUCUAUACUUCGUGUACAAGCAACACAAGAAGACACUUGGCUCCCUCCUCUCCAUCAACCUGCCGGGCAAGAUCAAACCUUUCUUACAGAUCGUCUCCAACCUUAAGACACAACACCUCAACUUCUUCUACCACAUCAAGGAAGACACCAAGACCCACCAGGCCUCAUUCCAACUCCCAGAUAAGGUCGGGUGGACAUGGACGCGCCUCUUGAUCAGUGUCAACCAAACAGAUGUAAGGGUAUGGAUAAACUGUGCCGACUAUGAUAAACAACGCCUCGCUGGCCACAUCGACCUACAGAUACCUGAAGGUGGACUCCUGUACUUUCGCCAAGAGCCAGGGCUAAAGAAUAAGUUGAUUGGAAGCAUCCAGAUGGCUAAGCUGAUGAACUACAGUGAAGACGACCGCGUGUGGAAGUGUUCAUAUGACUCCCAGUUUGGCCCAGGGUGGCGUCCGCCUCUCCUUGGUUAACUUACUCACCUAUUUAUCGCUGGGAAGAUAACUCAUUCACCUUACCUACCUGCCCACCAACCAGCAUACAUCCUUGGUACCCACCCAAGAUGAUGUUUUCUUACUUGGUCUCUUCAAGAAAUUAAAUUUUUCCCACGAAUAUAUUAGUGAACAAAAAACAUCCUACCCCACCUAUUUCUAUUGUGCUGCUCACCCACUGCAUCAUAUUUAACCUCUCCUUAAGAAAAAAAUCAAUACUACUGUAUUAAAAAUGUUUUGGAAGGAAUUUUGAGAACUCGCAGAAUGUGACAAAAAUAUGUAGUACAGGCAGUACCCAGUUUAUAUAAGGGUUCCUUUCCAGAAAAACCUUUUUUAUAUUAUUUUUUGUAAAUCAGGUCCUAUUUUCUCAUGGACUCCCAGCAUAAAAGCUGAGAUACAUUCUUAUAAAAAAAAUGUCUUAAAAUACUACAAAACAAAAUUUUAAAGAAAUGUUUUGGUUUUUACAAUGAUAAGCCAAUAAUAAACAUAAUAAGUGAAAUGCAUGCAGUAGAGUAAUAAUUUUAUUCAUACAAGAAAUGUGUGGCACUAUCUUUGAUUCAUGUUCUCUCAUCAAAUUUAUAUAGGAUUUCCAAUUUAGUUUCAAAAUUAAUCAUCUUAGCUUGCUUAGGUUUUCAACCACCAUAACUUUCACUAAUACUGUACAAUACUUUGUUCACCUGUCAAAUUUCGAGUUCAAGGUAGAGAGUAAUCCAAAGGAGUUUGAGAAGUAAAUGUCGUUUGCUUUAAACAACACGCACAAAGUUACUGAGAUGAUGUGACGACAUGAUAAAAAGUAGGAAAUACUGAGCCAAUACAUAUACUGUAUACUAAUUAAUCGCCCCUGGCUGCAAUUACCACAGUAAUAAUGUAUAUAAUAAUUUAAAAAAAUACAACUCGCUUAAAAUCUUAGAAAUAUGCAAGCAAAAUACUGUUUAAUAUACAGUAAUGUGUGAAAUGGAAUGGUUUGGUAUUCAUAGAGAAAACAAACUCAACUCUUACCUACAUGGUAUUGUUGGCACUUCUUAUGUUUGUAUGUACUUCUGCUUGUGUUUAGUCUUGGCAAGGUAUUACCUGAAUGGGUUUUCCAUGGUUACUCACAAUACGGAAGAAAAUUAUUCACUUAAUACUGUAUCUUAAAGAUCCUGACCCAUAACAGUGCUACAAUUGCUAUCAAAAUGUUGUGGGUGUCCAACAUUACAUUCUAGCAAUGUAAUGUCUCGAGUUUGUCCUGUGACCUAAUUACUGGCUAAUUUGUUUUCACUAUUAUAAGCCCUGAGAUGCCAGUGUCAGCAGCACAGCAUCUUCAUGCUGCCACAAAAAAAAUAAAUAAAUAGAUAAAUAAAUAAAUAAAUAAAAUAAAUCCAAAAAAUAGCAAGAACAAAAUUCAUAACCAGAUGUAAAUCAGAACCUGGAACAAUUUUUUUUUUUGUGACUUUGGGUUUUCAUAAACUGGAUCUUUGUAAAUCUAGGACUGCCUGUACAGUAUUAUGUAAGAUAUGUGGAUCUAUUAAAUUGGACUAGUGUGUCUUUUAUCAGAGGAUAGAGUACUGUACUGUAUAGUUAACUUGUUAACAGGCCUCACACUACCCUGACACUGUUACACCAUCCUGGUACAGUACUGUCUUACACCACCAUGGCAAGGCCCAUUGUAACAAUGAGAUGGUCCAUUACCAUCAUGGAACUGUCCCACAUUACCAUACCAUUGACCCAUAUCACCAUGGUACUCUACUGCCCUAAACCACAAUGCUGUUGACCCAUUCCAUGUGAUACAGUCCAUUGCUACCAUGGUACUACCCUACAUCACCAUGGCAUUUACUCACACCUGUAUGAAUCUUUACCUACACACCAUGUCACUGUAUCCUACUACCAUCAACUCAAUCAACACUGCCUCCACAUCACCAUUGUUCUGCCCAUACCUAUAUGACAUUGGCUGCCAUCAUUAUGAUAGUCUUCAAACCACCAUUCUAUAACAUAAACAUAGUAAUGUCCCUACAGCAUGAUGGAACUGGUGUACCUCUAGUUAACCAUGGCAUUAUGACAAUAUAACUUUGGCACCAUAACUUUACUAUAUCUCUUAUCUUCACAUUAUCAUGGAACUGCUUCUGUCUUACCAUAGUUCUUCACUAAAACAUUGGCUCCCCCACUUCCUUGGCAUGAGUCUUAACAUUAAUAGGUGAUAAAGGCAUACAUUAUAAGUUACAGUCAGUCAUAUUAUAAAAAAAAAACAUGAUGGUAGUUGCUGGUUAUCGUCGUGAGUCUCUGGUAAAGGUUUUUUAUCUUGAAUAAAUUUAUGUAGAUGAUUCAUUAUUGUACUUUAUAAAAGUUUUGUUAAUCUACCAACACACUCCUGCUGGUGGUGGUGAGGAGUGCCACACACACACACUCCUACUGGUGGUGGUGAGGGGCACCAUAGUCACUCCUGCUGGAGGUGAUCCUUGGUACCAUCAUCUGUAGAGUAACAUUGUCAUCCGUGUCAGCAGUGGCUAAUAUAUCGACUUCCCCACUUUAAAGGUGCUCAACCACGAGCCUCCCAAGUGUUAUGGGAAUUACUUUCUGCUCAUGAGUUGUUUGUCUUUGCUAAGUUUGUAUAAAAAUGAAUUUUUGUUUGAGGUGUUGAAGAUGCCACAUUGAUUUUGUGUGUCGUUAUAGCCUUCGCUCUAACUUUUAUCUUCUCUCAGCCUCUUCCUCUUCCCUCUACACCACCACUUUCACUUCCAUUCUUGCUAUCCUAAUUCAUAAUUAUUUCAUUACAUUUCUCCUAUUUUCUCAACUUUCUCUGCCCCUUCCAUUUGCUGCACCUCCUCCAAUCUGCUCAUCUUCCUUACGGAUGUGUAACAUCAUCAAUAUGGUACUCACUCCUCCCCAAAAUUACUGCUAUAGCCUGUGAUAUUUUGUGGACAACAAACUGAGCCAAUCUGGAAACUUUAGAAUGUUUGUAACAACUUGACAGGAUGGACCUGCUGAUGCUCACACAGGGCAGAGGACAACAACACAGUGUGAACCCCUCUGAUGGUUUUAUGGUGAUAGUGUACAGUUGUGGACAAAAGCUCUCCCUUGGGAUGAAACUGAGUCACGGGAAUGAGUCUCCAACUUACAUACCCUGACUGUUGUCUGGUGUGGGUGUACUGUUUUAUUGGAAGGUACCAAACUUUUGACCCCAACUUUUCCUAUAUCCAGAGGCUUUGUUCUCUUGCAAAAUUAUUAUUUUUUUUGAAGACUAGAAAUUCUUUAUUCUUUUCCAAUUUGGAAGACUGUAUUGGUAGGAAUUUCUGCAAACACAUUGUUGUCAAUAUUUGCAUAAAUGCAAAUCACUUUAUUAUAUACAGUACAUGAUUGUAUAAACAAAGAUUGUUGUUAUGGAUGUAGUUUUAGGUGGUACUGUAGUGAUAUGUUUGUAGUGACCCGUGUGGAGUAUCACAACACACCACACCUUCCCUGCAAGAGAACUAAAGUAUUCAAAGCAAUAAAAUAUGACCUUGUUGAUCAAGUCAAAUAAAUUGAUCACCUUAGAAACAGAUAUGUCUAUUGACAUGCUCCUAUUGCACUGCUCAAAGAUACUUUUUUAGAAAUUUUGUCAAAAGAAUAUUCCUUGUAAAGAGUAAAUUGAAUAUUUCAUGGGGGAACAUUCAUUAUAUAACUGUGGAUUACGGUAAAUAUUUUGUGUUAAGGAGAGUUUUAUAAGAUUUGAUGUACAGUAAUAUUCUCAGUGAUAAGACGGAUAUACAGUACUGUGUUGUCAGAAAUAUUCUGUGUUGGUGACAGUGGGUACUACUGUAUGGUACCUGAACACUCAUUUACCACUACAACCACCAUCAUUAUUACCAUGACUACCAUUACCUUCACAACCAUUAGUGCCACCACCACUUCACCACAACCAUUAGUGCCACCACCAC